AUGUCUUUUGGCAGUAGCGACUGGCAGGGAUGGGUUCUCAAUGAGAAAGACGCCUUCCCCCUUCUCGAAUAUGCCUAUGACAAAGGCAUUAACACCUGGGAUACGGCGGACAUCUAUUCUCACGGCAGAUCGGAAGAGAUCAUCGGAAAAUUUCUUGAGGAGAAGAAAAUCCCUCGUGACCGCGUUGUUAUCAUGACAAAGUGCUACUUUGGCGUAGAUGAUCAAGGUGGACAACCUCCAAACCGAGCUACUAUUUACAAUGAUGGAAAGGAAUGGGUGAACCGCGUCGGGCUGUCGCGAAAGCACAUUUUUGACGCAGUGGAAGCAAGUGUCAGGCGACUAAGAACUCACAUAGAUGUGCUGCAGAUACAUCGUUUGGAUCGUGAAACACCACGGAAGGAAAUAAUGAAGGCCCUUAAUGACGUUGUGGAUAGUGGGAAAGUCCGGUAUAUCGGUGCUAGCUCUAUGGCAGCAUGGGAGUUCCAGACAUUACAGAAUAUAGCUGCACAGAACGGAUGGCACCAGUUCAUUUCUAUGCAAAAUCUCCAUAACUUAAUCGCCCGUGAAGAAGAACGUGAGAUGAUACCCUAUUGCCUAGACACAGGGGUUGGAUUGAUUCCAUGGUCUCCCAUCGCUCGUGGUGUGCUUGCCAGGCCUUGGAGUUCUCGCUCAAGCAUCCGAGAGGCCACCGAUGGCAGCCUUAAAAGCAUCAUCAGAGAUCGGGAGUCAGCAGCUGAUGAGGCAAUCAUUGGAAGGGUUGAAGAAAUUGCCAAGCAAAAAGGCCUCACAAUGGUACAGGUUGCAAUUGCUUGGUGCUUGAGUCAUCCAAACGAAAAUCCCAUCCUUGGUCUGAAUAGUCGGAGUCGCAUAGAUGAAGCGGUUUCUGCUAUCAGUGUGCGGCUCUCUGAAGAGGAAGUUCGCUACUUGGAAGAGCUUUAUGUACCUAGAGGUAUUCACCCAUCAGAGAGAUAA